GGACGCGUCCCGAGGGCGGGCGGCAGUCAUUGGUGGGAUGAGCAAGCCGAGUUCCCGGAUGAGGGAACAUUCUGCAGUAUAAAGGGAGCGGGGAAGGCGGGAGACAGCGCAGUUUGAAUCGCGGUGCGACGAAGGAGUAGGUGGUGGGAUCUCGCUGUGUGUCUGAUUAGCCCUUUCUCCGCCUUCCUUGUUGGAGCUGCGGCUGAAUUCGAAAUGGCUGGCGGUAAGGCUGGGAAGGACUCCGGAAAGGCCAAGACAAAGGCGGUUUCCCGCUCGCAGAGGGCCGGCUUGCAGUUCCCGGUGGGCCGCAUUCAUCGACACCUGAAAUCCAGGACGACCAGUCAUGGACGUGUGGGCGCGACCGCUGCCGUGUACAGCGCAGCCAUCCUGGAGUACCUCACCGCAGAGGUACUGGAAUUGGCAGGAAAUGCAUCAAAAGACUUAAAGGUAAAGCGUAUUACCCCUCGUCACUUGCAACUUGCUAUUCGUGGAGAUGAAGAAUUGGACUCUCUCAUCAAGGCUACAAUUGCUGGUGGUGGUGUCAUUCCACACAUCCACAAAUCUCUGAUUGGGAAGAAAGGACAACAGAAGACUGUCUAAAGGAUGCCUGGAUUCCUUAUUAUCUCAGGACUCUAAAUACUCUAACAGCUGUCCAGUGUUGGUGAUUCCAGUGGACUGUAUCUCUGUGAAAAACACAAUUUUGCCUUUUUGUAAUUCUAUUUGAGCAAGUUGGAAGUUUAAUUAGCUUUCCAACCAACCAAAUUUCUGCAUUCAAGUCUUAACCAUAUUUAAGUGUUACUGUGGCUUCAAAGAAGCUAUUGAUUCUGAAGUAGUGGGUUUUGAUUGAGUUGACUGUUUUUAAAAAAACUGUUUGGAUUUUAAUUGUGAUGCAGAAGUUAUAGUAACAAACAUUUGGUUUUGUACAGACAUUAUUUCCACUCUGGUGGAUGAGCUCAAUAAAGGUCAUAUCCCAAA